AUGGCUGCAAGAGUGCUGCUGCAACGGCGCUCCCUGGGGCCAUUGGCCGCAAUCGCCCUCGGCGGAUUGGCUUUCGCCCCUGCGACUGCCCUCGCCGAAGGACCCGUGGACAAGGUCAGUAGAGCAUCGACGGACCACGCACACGCUGGGGGAGCACCCGGAGGCCUAAUUGGGGAGCAGAAGAAACCCAUCUACGAUGGCUUCGACGACCCGUCCGCAAACGACGCACCCAGCCCGGCCGCGAGCCCCGUCUCGGCUCUCCAAUUCUCACAGCCUCCCGCCACCCAGGAAGAGCCCAAGAAGGAGAAGCGGCCGCGAGGCCCCUCGCCGACGGACCGUCUUGCGACCCAAGUGGGCAAAGUCCGCAUGGCCCUGCACCGCGUCGCCGUCCGCGCCGAGAACAAAGUCAACGAGACCAUGGACUCUGCGUUCAGCCUCGAACAGUCCUUCACCAACACCAUUGCCUCCCUCGCGCCCUCCCGCGAGUCUGGCGAGAAGCUCAUGCCCGGCACCAUCUAUGUGCUGGUUGCGGCCAUGGCCGGCAGCAUCGUGACGCGCAACCGCAACCUCCUGCUGAGGAGCACCAUACCCCUCGCCUUGGGUGUCGGCGCCGGAUGGACAGUGCUGCCUGUGACGAUGAGAAACAUCUCGGAUCUGUCGUGGAGGUACGAGCAGCGGUUCCCGGCCGUUGCGGAGGCGCAUGUCAACAUUCGCGAGGGUAUCAAGAAGAGCGUUAGCUUUGCGAAAGCACAUGGUCGUGUUGGCGUACAGUACGUGGACGACAAGGUCACGGGCGCCAGGGAAGCGGUGGAGGCUUGGGUGAAGCAGGGAAAAUAG